AGACCAGCCCAAGAUGCCUUUGUGGUCAGAUGAGGCAAUGUGAGCGCUUCGGGCUCUAGAGGUCUCCAUCCAGCAUGCAGCAACAUCCACCUAUCGGAAUUCUUCCCCUCACUGUCUAGUGCAGCGGACAGCGGUAUAGGAAGGAGAGGAGAACGUUCAGAGCCACGGAGACAGAGGGAACCUGAGACACGCACGCGUCCCGAACGACACAGAAAGGAAGGGAACUUUGAUUUGACGCGUGGCCGAUAAUGAUGAAAUUGAUGACACGAAAGAGCUGCAUUCCUUAGUGAAGGGAAUAAUUGACAUUUCGAGUGUUCCAAUAUAUAAUGUCCUUGGAUCCCUGCUCAUUGUAGAUUAUAUUUAAUUGCUCUCUCCUAUUUCUGAAAUCUUUCUUUAUUGUGAUUGUACACUUCGUUCACCCGCAUGAAUUUUAAGGCAGUCUGAGCGCAUUGUUUCCAGCUUCGUCGCAUGGGAUUUCCAGUCGUGUCGGGUGCGGUGAUGUCUGCAACAUUUCGCUCUUUGUUUCUGGUGCUGCUGAGCCUGCUGACGGCCGGCGCCCAGACAGAAAUGAAGAGAGUCGUCGGAGACAACACCACCCUGCCGUGCCACCAUCAGUUCUGGCAAUCCAAUGUGCAGUUGCUUGACAUCGAGUGGCUACUGCAGAAGCCCAACUCCAAGCAGAGAGUGAUCAUCACGUUUUUCGGGGGCCAGGUUUACACCAACGAGGUGACCAGCGGGACCAGUCGUCUGUCUUUCGCUGGGGACUACCUGAAAGGAGACGCCUCCCUGCUCCUCAGUGACUUACAGCUGACCGACUCUGGGGAGUACUACUGCAAGGUCAAGAUGGGGGGAAAGUACCACUGGAGCCAAGUCAACCUCAUAGUGCUGGUGAAGCCCUCUAAGCCACGAUGCUGGAUGGACGGCAGGCUGCUGGAGGGCAGUGAUGUUAAACUGAGCUGCAAAUCCAGUGACGGCUCAGACCCUAUCAAAUACAAUUGGGAGAGGGUGCUGGAUAAGGGAAAGAGUGUUGGGAACCUCCCCCUACUGGCACUGAGAGAUCUGAAGAAUCCAGAGAUCGUCACCCUGCGGAACCUGACGAAGGACAGUACAGGUGUCUAUAAGUGCACUGCCAGCAAUGAUGUUGGCGAGGAGAACUGCAUCAUUGAGGUCACCAUGCAGUAUGUUCGAGGGAUGGGUGUGCUGGCAGGUGCCUUGGUGGGCGUCUCCUUUGGUGUUCUCCUCAUCAUCCUAAUCAUCUGGCUCGUCUUCCGCAAGAAGGAGAAGAAGAAGUAUGAGGAGGAGGAGACUCCCAAUGAGAUCAGGGAGGAUGCAGAGGCUCCCAAGGCCAAGCUGGUGAAGCCCAACUCUCUGUCCUCGUCCCGCUCUGGCAGCUCCCGCUCCGGGGCCUCCUCAACACAGUCCAUGGUGCACAACACCGCCCCCCACGGGCACCGCCCUCGGCCCCCAGUGAUAGCUGCCCUUAAGGAGAAUGGACAGCCCCCUGACUUCCCCCAGUCCCCCCCAGCAUACACAACGGUGGUACCCCCCAACAAGACCCCUGAGCCCCCUGGCACCCCGAAAUUCAACAUCAACUCCAGGAAACAGAUCUCUGGGCCCACUCCCCCCACUCUCAUGGUCCCUGCCCAGACCAAGGCCUUUCAAACUGUGUAGGAUGGAGAAGAAAGUCUAUCCUGGCUAUGUUGAUGUGUAAAACCCACCCCUUCCAAGACACAAACUCUUCCGUUAAACAACGAAAUGCAAGUAGUAAAAGGAUGUAAUUAAAAUAAUCAAUAAUAUAAACCCCAAAACUUUUAAUGAAUGCAUACUUUAAAAGGGAAAAUAAGAAAUGCUUGCCCCCUACUGAAUAAAAAACAACAAAAACAAAAAAACUGAGACAGAACACAUUUUUGUUUGUCUCGUGGCUAAAUAACUUAUUUUUACACUUUUCUUUCUACUUUGAAGUCAUGGGAAGCAAUGAGCGAGCACAGCGCUGUGUGCUGUGAGGUGUAAGAAAAACCCAGAGUGUAGCUUUUAUUUAUCAAAUCAAAAGGACAGGAAGAGUGCAGAGAAAAAGGAAGAAAGAAGGAAUGGGUUGAGAAAAGAGAUCCAAAGUGGAGACACGCAGCUGACGACAUGACGGAGGGAUGAGGGCAUGAAAUACUGAGAGAGAACCACGCCUCUUUAUUUUGGCCUAGUGGUGUCUCUGACUCAUCCAACCACACCACUCCCAACAGGCAGACACACCCCCACUACAACCACACACCCCUGGCUUUCUGACAGAGAGCAUGCUGUGUGCCCUGUGAGGAGAGAAACCGCUAGAUCAACCCUCCAGAACACAGGCGGCCGAUGGCACCUUAUUUGGAGAGGACGGGCUCAUAGUAAUGGCUGGAAUGAAAUACAUGGAAUUGUAUCGAACACGUCAAACACAUGGUUUCAUUGUGUGAUGCUAUUAAAUGCACUCCAUUCCAGCCAUUAUUAUGAGCCAUCCUCCCCUCAGCAGCCUCCUGUGCUCCAGACUCUGAUGCUUUACGAACUCCAUGACGACAUCUGAGACACAUCAUGUUCUAUGGUCCUGACCCCAUUCAGAGAACAGCUCAUUUGCUUUUCUCAAUAGGAGAAACUUUAGCCACAUUCAUAGGAUGUAGCACUGACAUGGUAGUCAGAGUUCUGAUGAAACUUUUAUUUUUCUCACCACAUCCUCUCUCAGCUCUGUGGAUUGGCAAUUCCAGUCCUCGGGGUCUAGAGUGCUGUCACAUUGUUCCCCAAUCCCUAUCAAACACAGCUGAUUAAACUAAUUGAAUUCUAAACUGAACAUCAUGAUUAGUUGAUAAUUGGAGUCAGGUGUGUUAGCUGGGGCUGGGGCAAAAGUGUGACACCAAUCAGGCCCCUGAGGACUGGCGUUACCAUCCCAUAUUGUAAGGAAACUCCUCCCCAAAUUAGCAUAUGGAUGAAUUGGGUGUUAAUGUACAGUAAAUAGAGACACAUGACUGAAUAUACUGAAUAAAAAAAAUAACUUUAAGACAAAGGAGGUUUAAUAUCUAUUAUAUUUCAGGUUGUGAAGGGUGACAGACAGCUGUGUCUCAGCCUGAGGAAGUGCCACCAAUCCCCAGGAUGGGUCAUCAUUACUUUAUUUACUCAUUUAUUUACCUCCACUGUUUUGCAAUGUUACGGAAACCAAAACCUGUCAAAAAGUCAGUGAAUGUGUGUUGAACAAAGAUGGUCACUACGAUUAUGUUCUAUGCUUUGUAAGGUACUGAAUAGAAGGAAGUAAAACAUAGUUAGAGAGACACAAAUGACAUUGAAGUUAAUCCCCGAAAUACUGUGGAUGAUUGAAUAGAGGAAGGAGUAUGAUUCUAGGGACUAUUGUACAGUGUGCAUGGUUCCACCCCUGGUAGGUACUCUCCUUGGAUCCACAACAACAGAGUGCCACUCGAUUACUGUCUGAUUGUUUUGAUAGUUUCUCUGUACAUUCUCUGUACAUUGGCCAAGCUUUGGCAUCAGCCAUCCCCUUUGUUGUACAUCUGUCUGCCCCUGUGCAGUUUGAAUGAAGUAGGCUAUUUAGUGUGCCUUUGCAAUCCCUAUCCCUGUUGAUGGUUUAUUUUUCUGUCCUUAUCAUGAAUGCACAUGUGGUUUGAGUUAUGUGUUGAUCCAGCUUUGGGAAUCUACUGCCAAAACACAGUGAGACAGGGGCAUUAACCAAACCUAUGGGAUUAUAUGUAUCUGAUCAGAGUCCAUCUGCGCUCUUUUAAGGUCCUUACUACUGAAAAGGGUCUGUUGCAGGUGCGUAGGAGUCAAAGUAACAAUACUGGACGAGAUAGAGACCUGCACCUUGUCGAAAAAAUAAUAGAUCCAAAAUUUAGGCUUGAAUGCAAAAUCAAGAUGUUUAUUGAAACAUCAUGGUGUCCAAAGAAUAUAGCAUAGUGCAUAAAUAAAAUGUGAAAACAAAACACAAAA